UUGGGGUCUUUGGAGAGCUCAUUUCAGGCUGCCAGCCCCUCAAUGCAGGUCGCAUAGUGACACUUGACUACAGGCCCUCAUUGUCGCUUCCAUCCUGGCAUUGGUGCAGCAUCAUGAAAGGUGACACGGAGGACCAGAUGAAGGUGGAGGCCUCCAAUGGACACAGCAGACCGCUGGACCUGGUGGUCAAGGCCAAGGAGGAGGAAAUGACUGACAGGGGUCAGUGGGGCAGCAAGGUGGAGUUCAUCUUGUCCGUGGCCGGAGAAAUUAUCGGCUUAGGGAACGUCUGGCGUUUUCCUUACCUUUGUUACAAGAACGGAGGAGGCGCCUUCUUCAUCCCGUAUCUCAUCUUCCUGUUUGCUUGUGGCAUUCCCGUCUUCUUCCUGGAGACGGCGCUGGGACAAUACACCAGUGAAGGCGGCAUCACCUGCUGGAGGAAGAUCUGCCCUUUGUUUGAAGGUGUGGGUUAUGCCACCCAGGUGAUCGUGGCCCUGCUGAACGUCUACUACAUCGUGGUGUUAGCCUGGGCCCUCUUCUACCUGUCCAACUCCUUCACCUGGGACCUGCCCUGGGCCUCCUGCAACAACAGCUGGAACACAGCUUCCUGCGUGACGUUUCAGAGGGGCAACGGCUCCGUGGCUCCCGACGAGAACGCCACCUCGCCGGUCAUUGAGUUCUGGGAGCGCAGGGUGUUAAGAAUAUCCUCAGGAAUCCAUCACAUUGGUUCUCUAAACUGGGACUUGGUGAUCUGUCUGGCCGUCGCCUGGGUCAUCUGCUACUUCUGCAUUUGGAAGGGAGUCAAGUCCACUGGCAAGGUGGUUUAUUUCACAGCCACCUUUCCAUAUGCGAUGCUACUGAUCCUGUUGGUGAGAGGGGUCACCCUGCCAGGGGCCUUCCGGGGAAUCCACUUCUACCUCUACCCUGAUUUGGGUCGCCUUGCUGACCCACAGGUGUGGAUGGACGCUGGGACUCAAAUCUUCUUCUCCUAUGCCAUCUGUCUGGGCUGCCUCACCGCACUGGGAAGUUAUAACAAGUAUAACAACAACUGCUACAGGGACUGUCUGUCGCUGUGCUUCCUCAACAGCGGCACCAGUUUUGUCGCCGGCUUCGCCAUUUUCUCCAUUCUGGGCUUCAUGUCGUACGAACAGAACGUGCCCAUAUCUGAGGUGGCUGAAUCUGGGCCAGGUUUGGCUUUUAUUGCCUAUCCACGUGCUGUGUCCAUGAUGCCUUUCUCUCCUUUGUGGGCCUGCUGCUUCUUCAUCAUGGUUGUCUUUUUGGGCCUGGAUAGUCAAUUUGUGUGCGUGGAAAGCCUGGUGACGGCCAUGGUGGACAUGUACCCUUCCACUUUCCGACGUAAACACCGCAGGGAGCUCUUCAUCCUCGCCGUGGCCGUGGUCUCCUUCCUCAUGGGCCUCAUCAUGCUGACCGAGGGAGGAAUGUACAUCUUCCAGCUCUUUGACUACUAUGCAGCCAGCGGCAUGUGUCUGCUCUUUGUGGCCAUUUUCGAGACGGUUUGCAUUGCAUGGGUUUAUGGCGCAGACAAGUUCUACGACAACAUCGAGGACAUGAUAGGCAGCAGGCCAGGGCCUGUCAUCAAAUACUGCUGGAUGUUCUUCACCCCUGCGACCUGCUUUGGAACUUUUGCCUUCGCCUUGAUCAAGUACUCCCCUCUGAAAUACAACAAUGAGUACGUCUACCCCUGGUGGGGCAACGCCAUCGGCUGGAUGCUCGCCUUGUCCUCCAUGUUGUGUAUUCCUUUAUGGAUGGCCUUUCAACUCUACUACACACCUGGGACACUGCGACAGCGCCUCGCUGUCCUGACCACGCCCGCCGUCCCUUCACGCCAGUCCCAGCAGGAGCAAGAGAAGUUGUUGGACGACCUCCAGCAGAAGGCCAAGGACGGCUACCUGCGCGUGGACGACAAGGAGUCCCACUGCUAGAUUUGCCAAGGGGCAGGUCAAAGGUCGCCCCAUGCAAUACCUCAAAGGGGGCCACAGACGUUUGUGGGCUGACCAGUUACUGUACUUACUGUACUGUGCCUUUAACACGCAGCGGGAUACCACCCACUUUCAUUGUCUGCUUUCUAAGGAAGCAUUUUGUAUCUUAUUUUUACUCCCAAACAGCUUCUUCAUCUUGUUGACAACAAGACUGAUUAACAACGAUAAUAAUGUUAAUAAACACUCACUUCUUUAACUA